AUGCGGUGCCAAACCACCGACAGCCACGACGACGAGGAGGAUAACGCGGAGAACAAGAACGCGUACAAGAACGAGGAGGAGAACAAGAAGAAGCGAUUUAUUAGUGCAUCAGUUAGCAUCGGUGGUAGUGGAGAAGCAACAGCUGGCCGUAGCGCAGAAGCAAUACAACUAGAAGUUUAUCGUCACAGUAAAACUAAAACUCAUUUUUAUUUUCCCAUUCAAGAGACUGCUGCUGCUGCUGCUGCUGCUGAUGCUGGUGUUGCUGUGAAAAGAAUUAAAAUUGGAGAAAAAACUAACGUGUAUGAAGAUAAAAAGAAGUUUGAUAGCUCGUUGGUUCCAGAGAGCAUCAUCACACACUAUUUUGAGCAUACGACCGUGGGCCAGCGACGUUGUAAAGUACUGGCCCCCAAAUGCACAAACGUAUUCUCGUGUUUCAUGUUCAUGUUCUGGAGCAAACGGACGAUACUGACUAAACGUCUGUUAAAGGCUCAAGUCUGUCGGGAGUAUGAAACCGAAUGUGAGACUCAAGAGAAUACGUCGCAACACAUUGCUCGUGUGAGUAACAUAUUAGCAGAGGCAUCAGCUUGCUCCGACACGGUAGUGGGUGGAUCCGGUAAAACGGUAUCAUCGCUACCGGGGUCCAGAGGAACUGUGCCAGUAAGUCAACCACAAGCCAAACGACAGACAUCUUCAUCCGGGGGUGGCGGCAGUGGCCCCAAAAUCCACCAGGUCUGCUGUGGAGGAGCCGAUUCCCAGGACGAGAGUGACGAAGACGACGAGGAGGACAACAACGAAGACGAGCUCGAGGAUAAUAAAGAGGACAGUCUUAACGACAAGAUCGAAAGGGAAGCCCGGGAGCGUUUGAACCAGUGCAAAGAGCUCCUCAAGACUCUCAAGGAAAACCAGCUGGAGAUGCUGCUCAUGGCCAUAGAGAGUUGCGGCGCCGAUCUCGGCUCGUGUGUUCUCGUCUCCCGCAGACCCAUUCACAACUCUUCUUCUCAGCUGGACAUCACCAAUGGGGAUCAGCAGCCGGAUCCUUACCGGCGUCGCAAUUCCAAGCGAAAAUCCCGGCAUCAUCAUCAUCCUUUAAGACACCGUCACUCGCACCGGCAAUUUCCUCGCAUACGAUCUAGGUGUCGCCGCUGCGAGCUGCACCAGGGCUACAACAAAGACACCCAGCUUCUGGACGAGUCUUCUAGCCUCGCUCUUACUGGUGCCGCCGCGGGCGACGACGAACGCUGCUUAACCGGGGAAAAUUCACGGACUGAUUUCCUGCUAACUUCAUCGGCGGCCCACCUUCUCUCCUGCCAAAUUUGGCGGUGGCCUGAUAUAUCUCUCACGAGUCAGCUUAAAAAAUUGCCGCUCUGUCAUUCCACGAAAGAUCCCUCGUACGUUUGCUGCAAUCCCUAUCACUGGAGCCGGCUCUGCAAACCUGAGUCGCCACCACCCCCGUAUUGUCUUAUCCCAGCGAAGAGAGGUGCAACAAAAUGCGAAGCUUCUUCAUAUGCCAUUCAAACAAACCCAGCGGACACAAGACACUGUGGGAAUAAUAUUAUAGUGCCUUCGAGACUUCCGGAGUCGCUCACCACCGACGGAGAAGGUAAAGCAAUUGUCCUUUUUAGACAAAGGACAUACAAGAGUUUGGAUAAACUAUCAUCGAUGGUACUUGGGGGCCAAACAAAGCAUGAUAUUGUCAUAAGGAGGUCUAUAUGCUUGCGCAAAGACCAUUCAGAUAACUACGGAACUAUUUUCUUACAAGACAUCCACGAUGAUGAUGAUGAUGAUGACGGUGGUAGAAGAACGGGUCGAGUUGAACCGUGGGCCGCAGUGGCCCAUCCAGACAAGCCACUUCUUUACUUUUCUCUCUCUUUCCUUUUCUCAGUCUAUCCACCGCUUCACUAUACCUACUACAGAACCAUCAUCAUCAUCAUCAUCAUCAUCUCUAUCUUUAUUAUAUUAAGACUCUAUACUCUUAACCUUGGACUUAAAAUCCUCCAGCGUGGUGACGGGCAUCGACGAAAAGAAUGGUGUACUCUUGCUUACUGGGAACUUGGUGGUCGUGUUGGAAGACUUUACCCCGUGGAGUCAUCAACAAUAAGUGUAUUUGACUCGUUACACGACGGCGAUGGACUCUGCUUGGCCAGUCUUGCUGAGAACCAUGAUUCUGUCGACGAUGCUAAAACUACACGCAGUAAAAUUGGUCUAGGUCUCGUAUUGAGCCAAGAAGACGAUGGUGUAUGGGCGUACAACAGAUCCAGUAAUCCAAUAUUUGUAAAUUCUCCGACACUCGAUGAUCCGGAGUCACGUACAUUAUUGGUUUACCGCGUUCCUCCUGGAUCAUGUUUGAACAUAUUCGAUCGUGCAAAAAAUUUACCAUCACGCUGUACUUACAGCAACGGGAACGAAGGAGGAGGAGGAGGAGAAGGAGGAAUAAGUGGAGCAGGAGGCGCCAAUUCAGGUGGUCCUGUUGACAUGUACUCUGUGAGAAUAAGCUUCGUAAAAGGAUGGGGACCCAGGUACAAGCGACAAGAGAUAACAUCGUGUCCAUGCUGGCUUGAAGUUUUAUUAGCACCGUGCAGGUGA